CGCGGACAAGGCUUAGUCGAGUCUGAGCAACCGUUGAGGUUAUGGCGCUUGGGCGCGAGUGAGCUGGCUGCAACGACCUGCAGAUUUUUGAAUUUCAAUCUCCAGUGUUCGUUACGUUUUGAUAAUCGAUGAUAGGUUAGCUUUGUGUAGUGUGAAUUCGGUUGUGUUGUGUUUGUUUUCGCAGCAGUUUCCUCUAGGCCAUUAGUGAACCUCAUUACAUCCGAUGUUUAUAAUACACAAUUAUAAACACCCAGCUGUUUUACAGUGAAGUGACUAAUUUUGUUUAUUUGGUCUUAUUUCCUGUUGCAGUAUUUAAUACUGUACGAAAUAGACUACAGUGUAAAUUAUUCUAAUAUAUUAGAAUACAAUAUUUAUUAAAUUAAAUCAAAUACGUAAAUAGGUAUUUACAUAAACGACUUCUACACAGCACUAGCCUAACAGUGGAGUGUAUUGAAAAUCAAUUGUGAGUUCGAAGAGGUUGGAGCUACGUUCGGCUAUAAGUGUUAAUUAAAAAUCAGUUUAGUGCGAUUUUUCCUUGAGGAUCUAAAUGACAUUCAACACCGUUAGUAGUUUGAAGUAUUAAUAUGAGUAAGCCUGAUACCCAUCGUCUGGAGCAACCGUUGGAAUCUGUCACCAGGUGUUCGUUCGAAAACAAAAAAGAGUGGUCCCCGAAUCUCACCAAACCGGACGCGAGUGGACUUAUUACGUUUACAGUGAUGUGAGAGCGCGCAGGCGCAGGACAUGGGAGCAAACAUGGGGAAGAACUCCUCCUUCCUGGACUCUCUGCCGUCGACUCAGGCGACCCUCCACGUGGUGAUGCUUGGGUUGGACAGCGCAGGCAAGACCACGGCCCUGUACAGACUCAAGUUCGACCAGUACUUGAACACCGUACCGACCAUCGGCUUCAACUGCGAGAAGGUGAAGGGGACCCUGGGGCGCGCCAAGGGUAUCAGUUUCCUCGUGUGGGACGUGGGGGGCCAGGAGAAGCUGCGCCCCCUGUGGAAGAGUUACACCCGGUGUACGGACGGGAUCGUGUUCGUGCUGGACUCUGUGGACGUGGAGAGGAUGGAGGAGGCCAAGAUGGAGCUUGUGAGGACCGCCAGGUCCCCGGACAACGCGGGAGUCCCGAUCCUGGUGCUCGCUAACAAGCAGGACCUUCCGGGCGCCCGAGAACCCAAGGAGUUGGAGAAGCUCCUGGGACUCCACGAGUUGGGCGGGAGCUCCUCCCAGACGCACAUGUGGCACGUCCAGCCCGCCUGUGCCAUCACAGGGGACGGUCUCCACGAAGGCAUGGAGGCCCUCUACGAGAUGAUCCUCAAGAGACGGAAACUGGCGAAACAGUGCAAGAAGAAGACCAGAUAAAAUCUUGUGUAGUUAGCUUUUCGCUGAAAGCAGUGUUUUGUACAGUGUGAAAUCUUUAUUUUCUUCUCUCGACUGUUUUCCUCCGUUUUGUUGGUUGAGCUCAGUUAUUGCGUUUGUUAUUGUUGAUCCUCAAGAGAUGUUUAGAUCGGAAUUACCUAUACGAUUGAAUGUUGCUACGUUUUGUUGACUAAUUUUCACGUUUGGCAAAGUGUCUAAAACACGAAUAUAAGAAUGUUUUGUUAAUGGGACACCGAGUGGCUGGGAUUAACAGCGUCUUUUGAACUGGAAAAUUUGUCAUGGAGUACCAUUUUUAUUUUUUAUUAUCGUACAUGGAGUCUUGUUUUAUGUUUUGUACUAUUAUAAUUAUAUCUAAAGCUAUACUAUUGUGAUUAUAUAGUAUUGGAAUAUAUUUAUUUUUUGUAACUUACAAAUAUCUAAUUAUUUUACUCGAUUUUGUGGUCUCUUCCUGUAAAUUGAGAUCUGGAACUGUCCCACGCGUUACGUAAAAACCAACAUUGUCCGUUAUACUCGAUUCGCACGCCACCGCAGCUGUAGGUUUGAGAAAUAGGCCAGUUAUACCAUUGAGGUUGUGUUGGGAAACCGAAACUUGUGAAAGAGAAAUCCAGUAUGUAGUUCAGUGUCAGCGUGUGUGUCAUCUGCACAGCACUGCACUAUCGCGUGCAAUACUUCUGCACAGCUCACUCUGUCUCGGGUCUGUUCCAAUUUGUCGUUUUUUGUUGUAAACGUUUGCACAGACACUUUGCCAACUCAACCCUUACCCACGUUCUUCUGUGUGUGUACAGUGUAUAUGAAGUUACUGUCUCUGUAAAUAUUUCUUUGAUAUGUAGUGUAAGUACAUAUAUUAGACUGUGUACUCGAAACACCCACCUAACCGUCUAAGACCAAUUUUAUAUGCUAGGGCGACAUGUUUUUUCACGCGGGUUAUCGAAAAUUCAUCAACAGCCGACGUUGUUUUGUUUCCCAAACGGACAUCGAUGUAGUAACCUUCUAGGGGAGUUUCAUUAAUUUUGUGCCUUAAAAGGAAAGAAGUAUAAAUGAUCAAUGCGGACUUUGCGUCGAAAAAAGUAAUUUGUUUUCGGUAAACCGUUACUGUAAAGUAUACGAAAUACUAUUAACCAUACACUAAUUAUCUCACACCGUAACUUGUUCGGGUUUUUUGCGUAAAAUAAAUGUUUGUUUCCGUUAUAGUCCUAGCGAGUGUAAGACUUGAGUUGAAAUUUGUGAUAAUUAAUAUACAUUUCAAAUGUUCAUAUCAAUAAACUGUCAUAUAAUGCUGAUUUAGCUAGUUUUAAUUUGAGCACCAAAGUACGAGCGAGGGUGGCAAAUAACGCGAGCGAAGUGGUGAACCGAAGGGGAGGAGAGGUUUUGAUUAGGUUGGCAAAUGGAUCCGGAAAUGUUCCCCGGAUUGGAGAAACCGUUCAGGAAGUGGAACAGCGGGUCCAGGCAAUGCGAACCGAGAAGCGAAUCGAUAUCAGGUCACGAAUUGAAAAGAGAGAAAGAUGUUGGGGGGGGGGGGUGUCGGGCUUAGUACUCGUGGGAAAUCUCUCCUCUUAUGUAACACAAUAUUGCAUAACCGUAAGUACCCCUGCCGACCUUUUCAACCAUCUUUUCAUUGGUGCGAUUGUCUCCUCUAAGUUACGUUAUGUAAUUAAGAGUAAAUUUAUCCUCUUUAUUUACUCUUACUGCCUCCUAUAUCGUUUAUUAGAGUACCCACAGUGUUGCUAGUUUUGUUUUUCCAUUUCCUAGCAACAAAAUGCUAUCAUUUGUUUCUCUGCAAUUCUUGUACAAAUGUUAAUGAUACCGCCGUUUGGUGUGUACGUUUUGAAAACGUUACGGAACAUUUUUAAAGUGCAGCAACGCAUCCAUAUUAAGCAAAACAAAGGUGUAAUCUUGUGUGAAAUUACAGAAAUACCGUAUAAGAAACAAACUAAACGUUUACUACUCGUUUUGCUUGGAUGAGUAUAACCUUCAUUACAUAUUAGAUCAAUUUAGCUGAUGAGCAUAGAACACAUAGUGGAUCAAUUUAGUCGACUUUAGGUACACACGGUUUUUCAACAGUACGAACAAAUCGGCCGGUUACGUCAAUAACGAGUACUCGGUAAACCGUCUUCUCUUUGACAUAGGUAGCACAUAGGGGUAGCAUUUUCUGUCACGCGCAACAUUUCGCUUUGCGUUCAGUUUUACAUGCAGAAUAGCAGUCGUAAAAAUUCUAAAAUACUUUUAAGUAUAUCUACCGAAGUUAUAAGUAUAAAAAUAGGUGUUAUGCCAAAAAUUCUGUCACUCGUUAGACAAAUCUUAUUAGGAAUAUGAGAGAAUUUCAGUCGCUCUCGAAGUAACCCAGGAGGUGUGACAUCCAAGCUCGAAAGGGUGAAUUGAAUUCGGUUAUGUCGAUUCUAACCUCCAGAACAAGUUUUAAGCGGCGUUUUAAAUCCUAUAUUUCUAUAUAUCUGUAAGGAUAGGAGUUUUUAAUUUUCGAUCUUCAAUCUAAAUUUUUGAGAUUAAUUUUUGGGCCCUUUUUACCAAGAUUGUUGAGGCAACAUUUUUUUAUACCUUCCGAUUCUUUAUACCUUGAAUAGUUCGAUAACGGUUAAUUAAAUUAUAAAUUGUAACAAGUAUUUUUGUGGGGAUGUUAUUCAUUAUGAUAGUCGUGUAUGGAUCCAUCCUUUUGGCUCAUUUAAAACCAAAAAUAUCAUUUGUGAAAGUAAAGAAUUUAUUGAAUUAGAUUUCUAUGAAUACCUGUUGUUCUGCAGUCCAAAUUAUAGGCCUAAUCUCACAUUAGGCUAUGGUUUUAAAAGUCCAAUUACAUCAGCGUAUUAAGUCUGUGGUGAAUUAUUUUAAACUUCGCGCUCAAAUGUAGUUCCGCUCGUACCCUGUAGACAGCUCUGAUUUACUUUCCCCCUCUCUGUCUCUGCGCCGUCUCUCUCUUGUGCUCUAUUUCCUCCGUUUUUCUACUCUUCUGCUCUUCCGGAAAGGUAACUCAUGCUGUCUGGAAUAAAUGAUUGGAGCUAACAGAUUUCAAGAAUGCCAAUUUUAUAAAUUGACGGAAUUUAGGCAUAUAACCUGUUUUUAUAGUUUUAUACAAUGGUAUCCGUUUACAUCCAGGUGUUUCAUAUAGUUUCAGUGCUAUUUUUGAAAUAGAAAUCCAAAAAUUAAAUAUGUUCAGGUAUUUAUCGAUUUAUAUGUAUAUAUAUGUAUUAAUUUUAAGUACGAAAAUAUCAUGAGGAGUUUUAUUGUAUCAAUCAAAAUUAGCCAUAUCUAUUUUUAUAUAAAAUGUAUUUGUUUACGAAUGACUGAUACGUAUUUAGCUUCUCAUCUUUUGUGAAAUCGUCCUGUUCAGUUGUGUGUUGCAUCCUUUGCCGGAUCCGGCAUGUUGUGACAUGUCGUGGCCUGCAGUGUCCGCGGUCUAGUCAUGUUUGGUUCGAUUACUGUACAUUUUGUUGUAUAUAUUAUGACUUAAAUUAGUUAUGUUUGCUCAUUUUCCGCCUGUGACAAAGAGGCCCUUGUCCAAAGUGGUACAUGUUUAGCUGUAGAUUUUGUAAUUAAUAUGCUUAAAAUUAUCAUGUUUAUAAAAAUAAAAGUCUAUAUUUAAA